AUGCCCUUGAGCACGUACCUGCUGAUCAGGAAACAGAUCAGCAUGGUGAUGAAGUAUGCGACGAAGCUCAGGCCAGUGCCGAUGAGCACACCCUCUGCAAACCAUGUGCAUGCCGCAUCUUCGCAACCUACUGAUAUGCCCGUGCAAGUGCGUGAAGAUGAACCCGCCGGAAAUGAUCUGAUCAGCAUGCGAAGCGGAACCGGCAAACCAACCAUAAUCUCCAGCGACACGCAGCACAAGACCGCCAGGAUGAACAGCAGGACGAAGUAG